AUGGCGCAGCAAAAGCAGCUCGUGCUUUUCAGCGCGACAGAGUAUCAAGACAGGGUAUCUGACGGUUACCCUGUGAGUUGCCCAACGCUUGAUCUUUCAGUGACCUGGGAUAAAACAGACAAGAACAUCCUCGUAUACAGACCACCCGGUCAAGUUGUCUCCAAGAUCCACCAAGUGGGUGCACCGGGUGAAAAGGCACCAGACGCGCAGGCAGUGACUUGGAGGUCUGAUGGCCAGUUCCUUGCGGUGGGUUGGAGUGAUGGCUUUGUGCGGCUGAUGGGGCUCGAAAACAACAAAGCAGCCCAUCAUAUCAAAGUUGGUGAAUCACCUGCAAACGUGAUCACACACAUUGGCUGGUCAAGCAGUAGGAUUGUCGACAAGAGUCCCAGUGCCGUGGCUCAAGCCCUGAUAAAUAACACAGACAAUGACAAAUCGUUCAAUGGGGAGGGCCUUCCGUUAGAUCUACCACGCGAACUGACCUUCUUAGAGGUUGACACAGCCUUGCCCAAAAUCAGUCCCCUUCCAAGCAGCAGUGCUGGUUCAGGGGAAGAUGCUAUGGUCUUCACGUUACGAACUGGGAUAGAAUUUCUGUUCCAACCUCCGAAGCCAGAGGAGUACGAUCAAGUCAGUGUCAUGAUCAUUGGGACAAGUGAUGGCAAGCUUCAACUCAGCAUAUACGACUCUUUCAUUAUCGGUAGCUUUCAGUGCCCCAUGACAGACCCUCCGUCAAACUUGCAGCUUAUACUGCAUGCCUCCCAUCCACAAGUAUCAACCCAGGCUUUACUUGUGGGAGAUAAGACAGAAGAACCAACAGACGUACAUCUUGUGCCUAUUGAUCUGCCUUUCAUAUCAUCCUCCCCGAUUAACCUUUCUCUUCUCGCCUCCAAGUUGACUGCACUUCAGAAGCUUUUGAGAUACCUGAAACAAGCGCAGCUUCAUAUGCAAGUCGAAUGGCGAAACACACGGGAGCUUCCUACAAGAUUUUUACGAAGCAUUGAAGGCGAUCUUGAGAAUCUCGAGACGGGGCCACGAGGUAUUGUUCCUGUGCUCUACCACUUAGCGGUGACAGGCCACGCAUAUGAGCCUGUGCGCGAGUGGUUGGUCGAUAGCCUUGCAGAACGGGGACAUAAACGGUGGGAUAAAGCUGUAGUAUCCGGUUUGGAAGGUCUCCGAAACCUGAUACAUGAAAACUUCCUCCCCGCUCUCGACCGUUGUGCAAUUAUCCUCAGCAGGCUGCGAGGCCUGGCCCUGUAUCACGAUACCAGAGAUGAUAUCGGCUUCUCUGUCCAGCAAAUUAGGCGUUUGAUGGACGUUGUGCAGUGCCUGCAACUCGUCAGUCAUAAGAUUCUGAUUAACGUCAUGGAUGAACUUGAGAGCUUCACCGCAUUCUCUACGUGGUUACGCUUUCAGAUCGACCGUCUUGCCUCUUCUGCAUCUGCGAGCGAGGAACUUACAGAAAAGGAGGCAACUAUGGACGUCGGAAUGGUUCUUAUCUACAUCGAGCAGUAUCUUACCGACAGUCCUCUCAGGCUGUUUUUUGAUGAGAUGUCAGGAGAAGACUAUGAAGCCGACUGUGCGCACAUAGAGAGUGGGCCAGGCCUGCCCCUUCUGGUAGAUCAGCAAUUGGCAAAGUGGGAGAACGGCCAACCCAGUAUGAAAGCAUUACUGCGUGUCGAAUUUCUUGUUUCAUACGCAACAGCAUGGGCUACACAUGCGUUCGGGGGCAUUGCAGAGGCAAGGAAGCGUAGUGUUCGACUUGGGAAGCCGAUCAGGUUUUCGCUCGGCCGUGUCAUUUCACGUACAGAUAUGAGGAUGAGCAAGACGAAGAAUGGAAAAACAACUGUUGUGACUGCCCUAACAUCCAAGGAUGCUAAGAGCGAGAUUCAAAUCUUCUCCGUUGGGAUUGAUGUUGUCAAUGGAAUCAGCACCAACGGAUCUCCAGCAGGCUGCUGUAUCGAUCUCGGCUCAUGCACCCUUAUCGACUUCAAGUUCCUUAACGAUGAGACACUUGUCGUGCUAUGUAACAGCCAAGACAAUGUGCCGCAAGUGAUAUGCGUACCCUUGCUGCCACGAGGGUUCUCAUAUAGCCCCUACGAUCCCAAAAUGCCUAUCAAAUCUCGGUUAUCGAUACGGGGCUUUACGGUAUACUCUUUCCCUGAAAACUCAAUAUCGAAACCAUUGCGUUUAGAGGUGAACGAUAAGAACGAUGUCAGGGGUGAGAUGCCCCCUCGAAUCAGCGUGCUUGAGAGUAAUCGCACAAUUCUCAAGACGUUUACUUUCACAUAG